AUGAUGAGCAGUAACGAAUCUCUGGGUAAUGACCUACUUUUUCCUGAUGAUCCAUUUAUCAGUGGUGUUGCAUUCAUACAUGACAACGAUAACAUGUUCGAAGAUUUGUUCAAAGAUACUCUGCUCUUCGAUCAAGAAAUGAAUAAUGCGAUGCCCAUUGUAAAUGAAGAGCCGACGGUGGAACUUAUGGAAGAAGAUUCGUUAUUCAACACCAUGAAUCUGCACGACACAGUUGGAAUUUAUGGAUUCAACCCGCUUGAUAGCUUUGACCCAUUCAGUACGACUACACAUGACUUGCUGUUUUCGGAGGAGCGGAUGAAUUCUCAAAUGAACACAGUUUUCGAUAGUCAACCAGGAAUAUCAACUAAUGUUACACCUGAAAAUGUGGCCAGUGUCGAAGUACCAGAGAAGAUUGUAGAUACUGUUGAAACAUUGCAUCAAGAAGAUCAAAAAGUCGCUGAAAACAACAACUAUGAGUUUGAACAAGAUCAUACAGCACCUACACCUGCGGUAACUGUUGCGAAAACUACUACAACAAUCAGCAAGUCAGCAGUAAAAAACAACAUCCCAACAAAAAUCAGCAGAAUUUCUAGCAGUCAGCCAUCAAAACUAGCUGCUGCAUUCAGAAAUGUGAAGAAAAUUCCCUACAGUACUCCGACGUAUGUAGCCUACCAACAACCAGCAUAUAAACCUACGAUACCAGCUAACGGUCAAACUAAAACUUUGUAUCCGGUCAAAGUUCUUCCUGUGAUGAGCAAGAAACAGCUACCUGUCCGACCAGUAUUGUCCUUGGAUCAAAUGAGAAAGAAGAUUGCAAACCGAAAUCCACUGUACUUUCCGGAAAGUCAGAAUCAGGGAACUCAAGCUCAACCUUUGGAAAACACUGAUUCAAAUGUUCCGGAACCUGAGAACAAACCAAUCUGCGAAGAAAAUGCAAAAACUGGUUUUGAUAACGACCAAGUGGAGGUUUCGGUGUCUACCGUUGGAAGUGUGUUGAAACAAGCAAACACUUUUUGGAAAAUGUCAACAUUUGUUCCAAGAGAUAUUGCAUCCAAUUUCAUCAAAUGCAAUUAUUGCAAACAGGCAUUCACCACAAAACUGGCUUUAGAAUUCCACGAAGUCGAAAGACACCCUUACGUGUUUGCAUUCAGAUGCACUCUCUGUGAUGAGAUUUAUUCGACUAUUCAAAUGAACAAUGCCAUUUUUGGAAAUGACCAGAACAAUGAAUCUCAUCUGAGAAACGCAAAUCGUCGUAUUUCUGGAAUGGUCUGGAGUUUUCUGAGCAGUUAUCUUCAGAAAACCGGAAAAAUCACAGGAACUGCAGUUGAAGAUAGGGAAACUAUCAAGCUACAUGCAAGAGCAUUGUUUCAUUCUUCUGCAGCAAAAGCAAUCAAUGACAACUGCAAUCAAACUUCACCAGGCCAUCAAUCGCCAGCUGAUACUGCCACAAUUAACGAUCUGCUCAAAAUAACCUACAUCUACGGACCAUUCAUCAGUCGUCUUCGUGUUGACUGCAUGCCGGCUGAUAAAGUUCUUCAUUUUUCGGAACCGGAAAUGUUUGAACCUGAAGAAGACAAGCAAUCAAAACCAACAGUUCCAAUGGUUGUCUUCCCACCCAAAAAGACCAUAGUCUUCCAUCCGCCGCCAAAAGCUGCUGCAUAUAAGAAAACGGAUUACACUCUUCCUCCAUUGCAAUCUCAAAACUUAGCCUUAAUCAAGGAGAAAAAGAUUCCCGUUUUCAUGCCAACAACUAUCGUUCGUCCACUGACCGGUAACAAGAAAAUCAAGUACCAAGGGACUGUCAAGGGGCAACAAGUGUUCAAAGUGAAAAAAAUCGUCAAGUCGCAGAUGCCAGCAUUGGUUCGUCGCAUCGACUACUCUCCAUCUUCUCUUUCUUGA